AUGGCUUCGAAUACUCCGAAUGAAAAAGAUGCCAAUGCGAUUACGGGGAAAGAGACACCUCCCUUCGCAUUAAAGUCAACAGCCUUGCCUCAAAAGCGGGAUCAGCGAAGUGCUUCGCCCGAAUAUGACCCCAAGGCCGGUGAAAACAGACUACGCCCAGCCGGAGACAUUAUUAACCGCAUCACUUGGGAUUCGGCGUUUGAACGCAGCAACUAUGUCAUUGGAUUCGUGGACCGAUUUGAAGGACAAUUGGAAAUCACCAUGGACAGUUGGAAGAAGGAAACCACCGAUGAGGAAUUCAUUCCACAGCACCGGGUGCUAUAUAUCAGACACAUCAAUGGGGAGAUUGUUUGGGAUCGAAGGAGACGUAUUGACAAAAUCUUUUUGAGUGGAAACUCGGGGUUCAGCGAAUUGGCCUUUCUUGCAUGA